CGGGUAUUUUCCAAGAUGCGUAUCGCGUUUAACCGAAUCAAUUCCUUCUCACAUAAGGAUACAUUUUCCACUACGUCCCCCGAUGGGAGUCUCUCUCCCGUGUCUAUCUUUGUACCCAUCUUCCGCGAUAAGAAAGACGAUAUUUCGUGUAUAGUGGAGAAUUUAGCCACCGGUACGAUCCAGGAAGAGGAUUUGAUGAAUGAAAGCUUCAUCUCCAGUAAUACCUGCGACGCUCCGCUUAAUUUUAAGGACCCGAGGUUCUACAAUGUGGACCCAGAGGAGGAUACUUUGCAUGAAUUAGGUCCUAACCCAGAAUCUCCGGAGUACUCUAAGAUCAAGUUUGAAAAGUUCGCCCAGCUUCUACUCUAUGACGGUAAUGGAAAGUGCAGUAAGCGGCCCAAAUCCAUGUCCACCUCAACAAUUAACUCCGAAACAGUAGCAGAGGGAUCGCUCAAACGGAAACGUGGGAGUAGGAAAUCUUACGACGGUUUAGCCUCGCCCUCCCGUUCUAAUUCUAUAAAACGUAUUAAACGUCUCAGUUCGCGCAUGUCCAGGACUAACGAGACUGAGGAGAAUAUUACUCCUCUGGUAGAGGUGGAAGGAGAGGCGGGUGAAAUGGACUACUCCACUAUCAAAUCCAUUCUCAAGGCAAGGGUAAACACCAAUUUGGAGCAAGAAAGCUUCCGGGCAGAGCGCUGCGACGAAGUGGAUGUAGACGAUUUUAUAGAGUACUUUGAAUCCCACGAGAGAAAAAAGAGCGAGGCCGAACCGUUCUUGGGGAAAAUCAGAAAAUCCCAGAUCUCACAGUACUAUACCGACUUGGUUUCCCCAGGGUGUGUAUGAUACCCUAAAGGGAAAGGCCAACGCCGUGUGUAUUUGGUUGGGAUUUAUAAUACAUUAUAAGCGG